UAGAAAAAACGAUAGUUUCCUACAUUAGUUCAUAAUAGAUUUAAAGUCUUUAUUACAAACAUGACUUUAACUGUUUGCUAACUGUAUUCCCUUUGUCUACUGAAAAAAAAAAUAAUUCCUGAAAAAAACCCCUAGCAUAUUACAACUAGAGUAGAGAAAUACUUGCCUCAUGACUGUACAAGAAAUCUACGUAAUGCAGUAGAAAAUGAUGAACAAUGUUAGGAUACACAGCUGUUUUAACAUUUUUAAAGCUCUAAUACUUAUUUGUACCUUGUACUUUAUAUUAUGAAAACUUCUGAGUGUUGUGACUUCUCUGUUCCUUUCUGAAUAUUUAUUCAGCAGUGCCAUAUACAUUGAAUCGAAUGUGUAUGCCCACAUUUAUGAAACUGGCUACUGCCGAUUAAGGAAGUUUUACUGAAGUUUAAGAGUACAGUGAGGGGGUUCUUAAACCAAAUAAAGUAGAUGCAGUUGUUCAGCUACAAUUUCUGUAUUUUUCAUAAAAAUAUAAAAAUUUGGGGGAAUCCUAAGUAUACUUUUGUUGCUGAACACAGAUUUAUUUAUUAGGUUGACAGUUGGUUUUCUUAAUAGGGUUAUACUAAGCCUUUCUUUCUAGAAGAAUAAAUAAUAGUUACACUGUAUUUGUGCACAUGAGAAUUGGUGAAACAGAAAUAGGGGAGCAAUGCAAAGAUAAUUUUGCAUUCCUUCCACCUGCAGAAUUGUGGCCUUCUGAUUUCAAAGCAGCUUUUACUAUUUCUUUUCAGAAAAAGACGUGGGAUAGAUGUUUGGAUGAAGUUUGCAAGCAUGAGUAUAGUUAAGUGCUGGAAGGGGUCAGUCAGGAGACUUCCAUUUGUUUCCCUGCUGCCAAAGAGCAUCUGGGGACUGCUGAACCUAGGAGACACUGGGAUAGUCAUUCAAAGGUCUGUGAGUAGUCUCAGCAAAGCAACCACUCUGCUAAAGAAAGAGGAUGUUCCUGAUCAUAAAAGCGGUGAAGAGGAAGAAAGGCAGCCAAAGCAGCUCCGUGACUGGCUCGCAAGCGUCACACGUUCCCGCUGUUAUAGGAAGCUAUUUAGGAUACAUCCUGCCGUCACCCUGGAGGCCUGGCUGAGCGAUCGCUCCUUCCUCUUUGCGGUAGCCUCAAAACUGGUUGUUGCCGUACCCCCAUGGGAGGGUGCUUCCCAAGCCUCUGCUCCUCUGGAACCCGGGACUUCUUGCCAGGCACCAGGAAAGCGCUCGGCAGCAGAAGUGGUGAAAACUCUUGCUAGUAUUGGGUAAAGCGUGCCUUUGACUUUUCUUACCCUGGCAAGACGUGGCUACUUGGACGGCAUCUGCAAUGUGGCAAAGGGCGAAGUGAGGACGGCAAAGAGGCCAUGGUUUGUGGGCAAGUCCCCAGGUGCCGCAGGCUUUGUCGCCCUCGUCCCUUCCUCCUGGCCUUAGUGGUGGCCGUCUGUCUGUUCUGCCAGACCCUGACUCCUCUCAUGAGCAGCAGCAUCCUUUCAGCAGUCGUCAACGGGAUUGCGCCCAGCAAACUGACUAAAAGACAGCAAGGACGAUACAAGGAGGUCUCCCCAAGCCACACUCACUGCUUCCUCCCUGGCAGCAAUUCACAGACAGUGAAAAAGAUCAAUGACUCCAUUCUCCAGUACUUUGGAAGCCGUACGAGAAGAGCAGUUCUGUACGCACCUCCUGCCCACAGUGAAACCGACCGUCAACUCUGUCAGCGCAUCCUGGCAAAACAUGGAUAUACAGUCACGGUCCUUGAAAACAGGAGGCUGAUGGAAGAUCCCAGGCUUGAGGGCCCUUAUCGCAGUGGUACAAGCCCUUGGGAUCUUCUGAUCUGCUUAUCUUCCAGAAAAAAUGAUGGUACUGGCUGCAUUCAAAUAGAAGACUUGCAUCAUCUAGAGUUAUUCCAGAAGGUAAACCUACUUCCAGAAAUCCAGCAUUUCCUUUGCAGAAAAGAGGGAUUAUGCCAGAUAAAAAAAGCCUUUUCAGACCUGCAGCUCCCAGUUGUCACCCCAGAGUGCUCCGGCCAGCCUGGGCUGUCAAGGGCCAGUGUCUCAAGCAAUGUGUCGCAGGGCAGCGAAAGCACUGACAAGACACAUACUGACCAUCUGCAGUACUGGUGGAAGCAGAGCACGAGCGCACAGCUGAAUCAAGCAUCAGCUUCACCAGACCACAAGGACAUCCUUAAAGCUCAAGACCUUUCUGUCAUCAUCAAAGCAUAUGUGCUUGUGACAUCCUUAACACCUCUGCGGGCAUUCAUUCAUUCAACUACCACUGUCUGGCAUCCGCCCAAGAAGAAGCACUUUUCUGUAAAGCUGCAAAGGUUUUUUGAGAUAUUCUUUAAAAGCAGUUCUCCCCAGCAAGCCUUCAACAACAUGAAGGAAGCUAUAAGCAAACUUCUGCUUAUAACUGAGGUCUUCAGUGAAUCAUCUGCCUCAGGACCAAAUUCUUUCAAUCAAUGCAGCCAAUGUUUUCAAAUGCUAACCUUUGACAUUGGAUUCGGCACCUCCAUAUACCCAGUAGUUCUUGAGGUGCAUGAAAACUUUGAUUUUCAAGAUGAGGAUGAAGCAAACAUUCAGGACCAAACUUUCAAAGAAUUUCUUCUUGAAGAUACUUUUAAAUUUCUCUUAUCUAAUGUGUCCUCAACAUCCAGUUUCAUAGAAGCUUUACAAAAAAUAUAUGGAUCAGCUGUGAACAAGGAUGGAACUUACCACAGAGAAGAUGAGCAAUGUUUGUCUUUAGAAGAGAUAAAUUCAGUGAUUACUUUCGUAAAGGAGCUGAAGAGUCUUGGACAAUUUGAGCUGCUUUUCCCUUCUGCUGCACCCAAGAUUCAAACUUUACUGCGUGACCUUUAUCACAUGGUAGACCCAAUGAGGCGACUUGGUUCAGUCCUGACUGUGCAUUUGUUGCUUUCCAGUUUACUUGAACAAUUCCAGUUCAUGACUGAAGAGGCACAUACAAAUCUUUCAGAAUGGAGAAGCAAGAAGAACUCUAGAAACUCUUCUCAAACUAUAAUGAAAUCGUUACAGCCUAGGAAUUCUCAAGAAAAUGCAAGUCCUAAGCAGAAUGUUCCUUCUGGCUUCAGGAAGAAUCAUGAAGCAUUGCAUUAUUCCAGUAAGACUAAGGAAAGACAAUGCAGUUAUGAUAAAGAUACCCUAUCUCAUAUCAGGCAGAUCUUCACCAGUCCACAGCUGGACUUGAAUCCUCAGUUUAACCCAAAGAUCAAAGAAUACUACGCAGAAGUCCCGUUCGACAUGGUGACAGUGAAGAUAGGAGCAGAACCGUCUAACUGUCAAUGCCGAGUACACCUUGAUGAGAAGAAAGGGCCAAGCAUUGCUAACUACCCCCUUGGCCUUGGAUUGAACAAAGUAAUCAUUCUCGUAACAGAUGAUUCACAGCCCAGCCCUCAGCUUGUGAGCAGCUACAAAAUCACAAUUUAUCGAGAGGACCGCCCUAGUCUGCCUUUGUUUGAUGACUAUAUGAUAUGUGGGUUUGUGCAGGACUGUGGUUCUCGAAUUCGUCCAGAGGAGUCCUGUGGCUUGCAGCCUCUGUCUCCUGAAUACCUCUCAGCAAUUUCACAGACGGUGUUUAAAACCUGUGAAGCUGGAGAUACAAAAGGGCAGUGGAUUGUCCCUUGCCUCAGCUGCUCUGACAACAGGACCUGCGACUGGAGAGAAAUAACGUGGCAGCCCCACGGCUGCCGAUACUCAGUGCUAGCCAAGCCCGAGCUCCAGCGCUGUGUGGAGGGCAGAAGGAUUCUUUUUAUAGGUGACUCAACUAACAGAGGGAUGAUGUACUAUCUAAUAGAAAGGGUAAAUAAGACUCUUCAGGAAUGGCAAAAGACUCAUGAUGUUAAAUGUUAUCAUAAUAUCAAUGAGGGGAAAACAUUUAUCAGUUACUCCUACUACCCCCAGUUUUGGAUGAACGCAAACCAGAGACCGACUUUUGAAAAAGCACUAGAACAACUGCUGCAGAGAUCACGUCCCCUGGAGAACACAGACCAGACCGUAUUAAUUGUAGGUGGCGUUCAGUGGCUUAAUUCCAAUCACCUGCAAAUUAUCCAAAAGGUGUUGAACAGGGAAAAUCUAUCAAAUAUCCUGGUAAUUAUCAAAUCCAUAGGGAUGGGCUUUCACCUCCCAGUGGAUGGAAUACAUUCUCUGUCACAGGCAGAAGUGCAAAACUUAUGGAAUGAAAACUUGAUUCUUCUGGAUACAGCAAAAAAUUUCGGCUAUGAAGUUGUUGACACCUUUGUCAUCACCAUGGGACGUUACAAAGAAUUCCUGCAAGGGAAGUGUGGCUGCCAUUUCCAUGAGGUGGUGAAAUCCAAUCCCUCUGAAGAAAGUCCGCACAUAACAAUGACGUUAUCAAGGCACUAUACACUGGGGAAAUAUCUUGGCAGUCAAAGCAAGCCAUCACAACUGCAGGACUAUGCAACAAAUUCUCAGUCCCCAUAUCAUGUCCGAGGCCCAAUAAAUCAAGUUUAUUCUGAAAUCCUUCUCAGCAGGCUCUGUGCAAGUAAGAGGGAGCUUGUCAGCACAUAGCCUCUCUUGGAUAUAAUGUUGGGCCUAGAGAUGUGCCACUACCUGAGUGACAAUUGAAGGACCAUGGUGAAUUUAUGACAUGCUUCCUCGGUUGGCUGCACACACCCCAACAGAGUCUGGGACAUGUGGCAUUUUUCCUAAAACUUUAUGAAAUCAAGAUAUGCCCUGGCAACUCUGUGGUGUCAAAAUGGAAGAUGUAGGGUUGCAAAGGAGAGGAGAGGGGAAGUUACUUGAACUGUUGCCAAAGGCUAGAACAGCUGUAGCUCAAGCAACUGUGUAUUAAUGAUAGUAAAGAGAGAGAAAUAUAUACACUUGAAUGAUUUGGAAAGGACUGCUUUAGCUCUUCAGCACUAUCUAGUUUUCUAUUUAUAGAGACACUGUAAUAUUUGAAUGUAUUUAGAAACUGGCUACAUUCCAUUUUAAAGAGUUUUAUUUUCUGUGGAUGGGUUCCCCUUCAAUGUCAAACCUUUUCUAUUUAGACACUUGGUUUAUACAACUUGAAAACUUUUGAACUCUAGUGUUUUUAGUGAAAACACACCCCUUCUUUGUAUCUUAGAUGGAACAGAUGUCUACUCUAUUUUUUGCAUGUUCUAAAGCUAAUAUAGGGGUAGAUUACUUAGACUUGAGACUGAUUAUAACUGUCUUGAUGUAACAUGUAAAUAUAGUGAAUAUGUUAACAUAACCUUAUUUAUGGUCCCAGUUUAGGAGACUGGCCAUAUGCAAGAAGACUGC